UAUCUGUUGGGAUUUCAAUUGGAUGUCCCGAGCAGGGAAGGGGAUGUAGGGGCGUAAAGAUACGCCUAUGUAGCCUAUAACGUCACACGCCGCGUUGGCUACUAGCAGUGCAGGGAUAGCUUUGUGCCCCCUCUUUCCCUACCCAGUUGAUGAGUAAAAAGUUUUAGGAAACUGUACGAAUUUCAGCGUACCUGAGGGAAUUAAACUAUCUAACACAAACUGGAAAGCUACCGAAUAAUUAAUGUAUGCAAGGACAGCUGCAAGUAACCAACCAACCGAAGCAUUUAAAUGGUCGCGAUUUCAGAAGUAGAAUAGUUCGCUUAGAGGGUAACUUUACGGUCAGACCUCGUCCACUCGUACUGUUCUACUCGGUGUGUAAAGUUCUGAGGGGUCGAAGAAGGCUGGUGAAAUGGCGGAAACCAAAAUAAUCUACCACAUAGACGAGGAGGAGACGCCGUAUCUGGUGAAGAUCCCUAUUCCUUCUGAAGACAUAACACUUUUGGAUUUCAAACAAGUUUUGAACAAGCCGAAUUAUAAAUUUUUCUUCAAAUCUAUGGAUCAGGAUUUCGGUGUGGUGAAAGAAGAGAUUUCGGAGGACGCUGCCAAGCUACCUUGUUUCAAUGGGAGAGUUGUGUCAUGGCUGGUAUCCUCAGACAGUCCCCUUGCGGAGCCCCCUCUUCCCCCGGUGGAGGUCUGUACGGAGUCCUCUCCCCCCCCUCCCCCUCUGCCUCCCCUACCGGUGGAGAGGACAGGGGGCAUCGGAGACUCCAGACCCCCGUCGUUCCAUCCCAAUGUGGCGGGUAGUGUUGAGAACCUGGAUGAGCGUACUGAGACAGAGUCAGUGGUGUCAUUCAGAAGGGAGAAGCCCAGACGGAGGGAAAGCAUGGAGCAGCAUGGGCCGCGGAUGAAUGGACAGAGCCGUCGGGAGCGCCACCUGGCAGGCUACGAGAGUGCCUCCACCAUCAUGAGCAGCGAGCUGGACACCACCAGCUUCUGUGACUCGGACGAUGACACCAUGAGCAGGUUCAGCAGCACCACAGAACAGAGCACAGCCUCUAGGCUACUGAAGCGCCACCGCAGACGCCGGAAGCAGCGUCCCACCAGGCUGGAGAGGGCGUCUUCGUUCAGCAGUGUGACAGACUCCACCAUGUCCCUUAACAUCAUCACUGUUACUCUCAACAUGGAUAAAUACAACUUCUUGGGCAUCAGUAUCGUGGGUCAGAGCAACGAGAGGGGCGACGGGGGUAUCUACAUCGGUUCCAUUAUGAAGGGAGGUGCUGUGGCUGCUGAUGGGCGGAUCGAACCAGGAGACAUGCUGCUGCAGGUGAACGACAUCAACUUUGAGAACAUGAGUAAUGACGAUGCUGUCCGUGUGCUGAGAGAGAUUGUACAUAAACCUGGACCUAUUAUCCUGACAGUAGCUAAAUGCUGGGACCCGUCACCCCAGGGCUACUUCACCCUCCCACGCAUGUACACCCCCAUUGUUCUUCCAGAUGAGCCGAUCCGGCCCAUAGACCCGGCUGUGUGGGUGAGCCAUUCUGUGGCCAUGACAGGGGCCUACCCUCCCUACCCCGGCAGCUCCUCUCUCAGCACCAUCACCUCCAACUCCUCGGUGACCGAGACAGAGCGUGAGUCCCUCUGCCUGUCUCUGGCCCACAAAGGGUUUGAUGACUUCAACCUGUCCCUGCACUCUGACAUGGCGUCGGUGGCUAAGGCCAUGGCCUCCCCAGAGUCUGGUCUGGAGGUCCGGGACAGGAUGUGGCUCAAGAUCACCAUCCCCAACGCCUUCCUUGGUUCUGAUGUGGUGGAGUGGCUCUACCAACACAUUGAGGGCUUCCAGGACCGGCGUGAAGCCAGGAAGUAUGCCAGUAACCUGCUGAAAGCUGGCUUCAUCCGCCACACGGUCAACAAGAUCACCUUCUCAGAGCAAUGCUACUACAUCUUCGGUGACUUCAGCGACUGUGAGAACUACAUGGCAAACCUCUCCCUGAAUGACAACGACGGUUCUAGUGGGGCCUCAGACCAGGACACCCUGGCCCCCCUGCCCCUCCCGGGGGCCACACCCUGGCCCCUGAUGCACACGUUCCCCUCCUACCAGUACACAUCCAACCCCUACUCCAGCCAGCCGCCCCCCUACCACGAGCUUUCCAGCUACGCGCCAGGCAGCACGGGGAGCCAGCAUAGCGAGGGGAGCCGGAGCAGUGGCUCCACCCGGAGCGAGGGAGAGCGACGGAGGGGAGGGAAAGGCACAGGAGGGGUGGGCAGUACUAGCGGCCGGGAUGAGAAGUCACCAGUAGGCGGAGACGGAGGCAGGGACUCUCGCUCAGGAAGCGGCAGCGAAUCAGAGUAUUCUGUACGGAGCAGCCUGAGGAGGGGGGAACACGGAGGCUCGGCCACCCCCAGUGAACACAGCCACUAUAGCCACGUCAGCCAGCGCUCACACCACCGCGCACCCCCUCCACACCUCCAAUUCCCACAGGGCAUCCCCCUUUCAUACAACCCCAUGAUGCUUAUGAUGGUCCCCCAGCACCCCCAUCACCCUCACGUGCAACCACACACCCUCCAGGGCCUGGGGCAGACAGGGCCCUCGAUGCCGGGCCUACCCCCUGGCACCAUCCCCGGGGGACCUCCAGGGGCACCCCCAACCCGUGACCUGGGCUCUGUGCCCCCAGAGCUCACCGCCUCGCGUCAGUCCUUCCACCUUGCCAUGGGAAAUCCCAGUGAGUUCUUUGUGGACGUCAUGUAGGAGUGGAGACACUACAGAGGGUUGAGUCCCAAAUGGCACCUAAUUCCCUACAUAGUGCACUACUUUUGACCUGAGUCCAAUGAGCCCUGGUCAAAAGUAGUGCCCCUCUGGGACUGACUCAGAGGCUGUAUAUGGGGAAGUUGGUGUCCAGAAUCAGAAGGAUGCACGCUGCAGCAUAAGGCAACAUUAGAGCGGUACCAGCAACAUUCACGAGUUGCCUUGAUUCAUUUGAAUUCUUGGAAAGCUUUAUGAGCCUAAACCCAGACCAUUGUCUCUCUUUGUGAUGUCAUUGGUUAACCAUGGUUUUAUUAAGUGUCUCCUCAUCUGACUGGAAUCAGUUACCUCUAGAUGUUUACCUAUCUCUGCCUUAUCUUACAAGCUGGUAAACAUCUAGAGCAGGGGUGUCAAACUCAUUCCACGGAGGGCCUAGUGUCUGCAGGUUUUUGGUUUUUCCUUUCAAUAAAGCCCUAGACAACCAGGUGUGGGGAGUUCCUAACUAAUUAGUGAUGUUAAUUCAUCAAUCAAGUACAAGGGAGGAGCGAAAACCCGCAGACACUCGGCCCUCCGUGGAAUGAGUUUGACACCUGUGAUCUAGAGUAAGCAAAGAUGAGUAAUUCCUGUCAGCUCAGGAUUCACCUAAUAAAAACCUUAAAUUGAGCUUCAUCAAGGGUAAUAGGAAUACCUAUAUUUCUCUGUUGUUCAGACAGGAACAUAGGUCAUUAUGUCAAUUUUUACAAAAUGAAAACGGAAUACAUUUCACUUCAAGUAAUUGUACAUAAUUCAAUGUGCCACGCAAUUACGACCACUGUCACAUAGCGGUGAUCAUGUUCCUAAACAACAUGUCACACACGUCACUCAUAGUGAUAUGGAGCGUAGUACUACUAUAGCCUACUUAGGAGGUUAAUUGCUGUGGUGUUCUUGGAAUAUGGUACUAAAACACUACCAGCUGGAGAAGGAAAGUGUUGUAUACAUGUAUCUGUUAAUUGAAAUGGAUGAAUUCAUGCAUGCAUUCACAUUUUGAUCUACUGAUAACCAGCAGUAGGAAUGUUUUUUUUUUUGUUUUAUGAGAAGCUCUGUUGUCGGGUUUGUGUUUGCAUGCACUCACGCUCAGGUCCUGUAUUCACAAAGCAAGUAGGUAGGCUGAUCUAGGAUCAGGUGCCCCCGUCCAUAUAACCGUAUUCAUUAUGAUUUGACAAGACUCUGAUAUGAUUGAUGAAUAAGGGCCCAGGUAUUGUGGAAGCCUCCUGUCCUCUGCGGUAACUGGUGAGCCCCCUGAUUCUGUUGUGAUUUGCGCCUUACUGGUCAGUCGGCUUGAUGCAGUGUGUGAAUUGGGCCGGUACACACAGGUACUGAUUACUGUACUGCUUUAGUACUGGCCACUCUUUUAUAUUGGUAUAAAUAUAUGAGUGCUGGCACCCAAAAUGACUACGGUACCAGCACCUAUUUCAGUUCACUUCAAACACCGGGUGGAUGACUGGGAGAUGGAAGCUGGUACAGACCGACAGACUGAAGUAUUUGCGAUAGCAGUUGGUGAGGGUCAAAGGAUGUAGCCUGGUUAAACCAGACUGAAUGCUAUGCUCUCGCCAUUGUUUUGAGUGCUGCAUUCAGUCUGGUUUACCAGGCUACAAAGAAUUGAAAAAGAAGCAAAUACAAAAUAGUUGAUAUAGCUCUGAUCUCGCACUCCUACCCACAUUUUGUUUUUUUUAACUGAGUGACAUACACUUUUUUUUUUAUGUAUACAUUUAUAUAAUUGUAUUAAAAGGUUCUUGAUGAAGAGAAUAGUUAUGUUUCUUAGUAUGGCACAGUCAGUAAUGCAUUGUCAUAUUUGCUUGUUUGUCACUUUUUUACAUUUGUACAAUUUAGUCAUUUAGCGGACACUCUUAUCCAGAGAGACUUAGUUAGUGCAUUUAUCUUAAGAUGGCGAGGUGGAACAACCACAUAUCAGUCAUAGUAAGUACAUUUUUCCUCAAAGUAGCAAAGUCUGAGCUAGUAAGGGGGAAAUUGCAAUUGUAUUACAGUUUAAAUACAACUCUACUAAAUUUAAAGUUUUUCCCUUAAUUUGUAGAUAACAUAAUUGUGUGUAAAAGCCUUAAUUGUAAUUUUUAACUGAACUUCAAUGAUGGUGGCAAAAAAAAUAUUUGACACUUAUUUAAUUGUUUUUAGAAGAAGCCUAAUUUGGCUUUUGACUCUGUCCUUGAAUAAAAUAAAAUGGUUAUUUACUGAACAUAAAUACAACAUGCAACAAUUUUAAGAUUUUGCUCAGUUGUAGUUCAUGUAAGGAAGUCAGUCAAUUUAACUAAAUAAAUUUGUUCCUACUCUAUAGAUUUCACAUGACUGGGCAGGGGCGCAGCCAAGAGUGGGCCUGGGAGGGCAUAGGUCCAUCCACUUGGGAGCCAGGUCCAAAUCAAAUGUAUUUGUCACAUGUGGCUAAUACAACCGGUGGAGACCUUAUCGUGAAAUGCUUACUUACAAGCCCUUAACCAACAAUGCAGUUGAAGAAAUAGUCAAGAAAAUAUUUAUAAUGAACUAAAUUAAAUUAAAAAAUAAGUACAAGAAAAUUACAUUAAUUAGGCUAUAUACAAGGGGUACAGCUACAGAGUCAAUGUGUGGGGGUACAGGUUAGUCGAGGUAAUUUGUAAAAAGUAACACUGUAUAGAUAAUAAACAACGAAUAGCAGCGGUGUAAAAACAAAAGCAGGGGUGGCCAUUUGAUUAAUUGUUCAGCAGUCUUAUGGCUUGAGGGUGGAAGCUGUUAAGGAGCCUUUUGGGCCUAGACUUGGCGCUUCGGUACCGCUUGCUGUGCGGUAGUAGAGAGAACAGUCUGACUUGGGUGGCUGGAGUCUUUGGCAAUUUUUAGGGCCUUCCUCAGACAUCACCUGGUAUAGAGGUCCUGGAUGGCAGGAAGCUUGGCCCCAGGCCUGUAGCAUAGCAUCUGUGUCAUCUGACCACUUCCAUAUUGAGCGAGUCACUGGCACUUCCUGCUUUAGUUUUUGCUUGUAAGCAGGAAUCAGGAGGAUAGAAUUCGGGUCAAAUUUGGCAAAAGGAGGGAGAGGUUUGUAAGCAUGUGUGAAGUAAAGGUGGUCUAGAGUUUUUAUUUUUUAUUUUUCUUCAGUGAAGGGAAAUCUUAAUGCUACAAUAUACAAUGAUAUUCUAGAUGAUUUUGUGCUUCCAACUUCAUGGCAACAGUUUGGGGAAGGCUCUUUCAGCUUGACAAUGCCCCCCCGUGCAUAAACCGAGGUCCAUACAGAAAUGUUUUGUUAAGAUCGGUGUGGAAGAACUUGACUGGCCUGCACAGAGCCCUGACCUUAAACACAUCGAAAACCUUUGGUAUUACUUGGAACGCAAACUGCAAGCCAGGCCUUAUCACCUAACAUCAGUGCCCAACCUCACUAAUGCUCUUUUGGCUGAAUGGAAGGAAGCAAGUCCCUGCAGCAAUGUUCCAGCAUCUAGUGGAAAGCCUUCCCAGAAGAGUGGAGGCUGUUAAAGCAGCAAAGGGGGAACUGUGGGUGCUAAUGUAAUAUACACUGCUCAAAAAAAUAAAGGGAACACUUAAACAACACAA